UUGUGAAUAGCACAGCUUAUUAUCAUUUCAUCAAGGCGACUAUACUUGCUGACUGUGGUCUCCUAAACCAUGGAAGGAAUAACUAUUAGACACUGGAUAGAGACCCCAGUGCGACACCAGGACAUUUUCCAGAGAAGAGAUCUCGAAGAUUGCGCACUGGAGAAUUUGCUCUAUGCUUUGCCGGGACGUCAGUGUGCUCCUCUGGAUAGACAUGUCAAGGUGGAAGGAAAUAAGGAUCCAGAAUGUAAAUCCAGAAGCGAAGACACUGCUCCCUUCCCGAUCUUGCUGGAUCUGGUCCAGUUCAAGCCAGAAGACAUCAUUAUUCAGAUAUUUGAAGGAUGGCUCAUAAUCAAAGCUGAGCAUGGGUGCAGAAUGGAUGAGCACGGUUUUGUUUCAAGGAGUGUUACAAGAACAUAUAAACUGCCUUCUGGAAUUCAGUCAAAGGAUUUGUCUGCGAUCUUCUGCCAUGACGGGAUUUUGGCUGUUUGCAUGCACCAGUAACUGCUUAAAGAAGUGCAUCUGUGCCUACCCUUCCUGAGCUAAAACAAUACCUAGGGUGCUUUCUCAUAUAGGAACUUCUUCCUCACUGAUGCCACUGUUUACUAGGAAGUGAUUAGAAGUGAAGGAAUAUUGAUGUAGCCUCCACUAUGUGUAGGUGACGGGGAUUCUAUAUCACAUUGAUCCACUUUGCAUUUCCAACCUACAGAGAAACCGUUGUGUUAACGUUAAACAGCCUUUGGUCAUUACUGUUGCAUCAAAUUGCAUUGCAGGGGAGUCAGAUAUGAAAUGUGCAGAGAUUUAGAAUUUAGAGGGGUGUGUCCUUGCCGAACUGUAGAUUGCAGUGUAAAUUACAAAUGCAGCUGCUUAGUAUUUCUGGGCUACAUGCAAAAGCAACCAGUAUUUACCCUGCAUGCAAAAAUAAGUAAAUGUGCACCCUUUGCAUUGCAACAUGAUUUGUCCUGGUUACAUUUUUUUUUUUUUGCUUCUGACUCUGAAUCUGCCGAAUUGUGUGUAAUAGAACACCUAUAGAAGUUCCUUCUGCUUCAGGGUUUAUAAUAGAUUGAGGCUCUAUGGACAGUGAAGAUAGAUAAAGCCAGGAUACAAUACUGAGAAAACACAGCUAAAUCCUUGGCAUGCACACCUGAUUGGUAUAUGGGAAAACCAAUGUUGUACAGAAUCUGGCUGUGCGCUAUGAGUAUGUACACAGAAGAUGUAGAGUAUAAAGUGGGGAAGCUAAUGUUAUAAUUUUGCAGUGCACUUACUGUAUGUAAUAUGAUGUGUGUUAAAAUGUAUUUGACUUGAAAGUAAAAGCAGCUGGUAAUCUC